AAACCCAUUUUUUAAUAACAGCCAUCAAACAUGGCGGCCGCCAUCAAUCUCAACGAUGUCCGACGUAAUUUCAUCAAAUACACACCAUACUGCGGCGCCGUUGGCUACUCUAUCCUAGCCAUAAGCUCUAUGGGCGUCGAACCACCAAGUUUUAGUGAUUUCGGCCGAGUUGCUACAUUCCAUACAUCUCUGUGUAUCUCGCAUUUCGGCUUUGCAGUGUACUUCUACAACAGACCGAUCUUGGACGUCGUGAACCCCCCAAAGGCCAAGCGAGUUCUGUGGAGUGUAUUUGGCACGUUUAUGAUGAAUCUUGGCUCUUUGUUAUUCUGGGCGAUAGCUAAAGAAGUCGGGCCGGAAAAUAAGCUCGCUCGUGCAGUAAUCGGGCUUUCCUCGGCGGCUGGUCUGGCUUACGUUGCUAGGGACUUUUUGCAUGCUAUGGACGAAGCAAGAAAGGGUAUCUUGGCAGAGCGAGUGGAAGAACAGCCUAAAGCUUAAUAUGGAUAGAAUAACUGAGGACAGUUCAAGUGUUAACAAACCUAAGUCAUCUACUAACAAGGCACAUGAAAAAGAGUUGUCAGUAAGAGUAUAAGAUGAAACCUUUUUUUAAGAACUUUAAAAUACCAUAUUUUACCUAAAGCAGGCAUGGGGAUGUUUAAAGAGCUAACAGUGUGAUAAGGAGGCUGGCAGAACUCUGUUUCAUAGCUGUCAACUCACCCACAUUAGGCAGGUGUCACAAGAUUUUGGACCUCAUCACAAGCCUAAUUUUUGUGAGAAUUUUCAUACAUUCUCUGUUUUCACCCACAUUGGCUCCCUUUCACAUACUUACUCUAUUUCACCUGAUUUCACAAGAUUUCUGUCCAAAUUGGGUUGACAGCUAUGCUGUUUCUUUAUCUACCCAUACUUCAUUUUCAGAUCCCCCCCCCCUCAAGGCUAAAGACUAGACUACACUUAUGAUGUCUUUUCUUGAGAUUUUAACAAAAUGAUGAGAGGUGAUUAAAGAUUGCUAGCAAGGCUAUGUAUUAUGUAAUUUUUCAUGUAUUGUAAAAUUGGCUAAGCAUCAACUCUUAUAAUAGAAAUCUUAAUUAUUAAAGUUAAUUCAGAGGUU